CCUGUGAAGAGUGAAGAAGAUGAUGGAGAGGAAGCUCAGUCCUCACAGCUUCAACAAAGACAAACUGAACACAUGGGAACAGAAGAUGAUGGAGAGGACUGUGGAGGAGCAGAACCAGACAGGAACGCACAUCCAGACCAUAUUUUACAACCGGCUGCUCAUGACCAGGCUUUGCACUCUGAACCUGAGGCUGAUAACAGUGGAGAUUGGGACGAGACCAAAGAACAUCAGCCAGGUUUAAACCCUCUGCAAAAUGGUGAUGUUGCUGUCAGUGAUUCCAGAUGCAGUGCUGCUAAGAAAAAAUUUAGCUGCUCUGAGUGUGGGAAAAGAUUUAGCAAAAAGAAACAUCUGGAGGAUCACAUUAGAAUCCACACAGGAGAGAAACCAUUCAGUUGCUCAGUCUGUAAGAGUUCUUUUAAACAGAGUGGAGGUUUACAUGCACACAUGAGAAUCCACACAGGAGAGAAAACGAUCAGUUGCUCAGUCUGCAAGAAAUGUUUUAAACGGAGGGAAAGUUUGAAGACACACAUGAUAAUCCACACCGGAGAAAAAACAUUCGGCUGCUCAGUCUGUAAGAAAAGUUUUAAACGGAGGGAAAGUUUGACGGCACACGUGAGAAUCCACACAGGAGAAAAACCUUUGUUUUGUUGUUCGCUUUGUGAUAAAGGAUAUAUGUGCAGGUCAAGUCUUAAGUCGCACAUGAUAACUCACACAGGAGAAACGCCAUUCAGUUGCUCAGUCUGUGAGAAAUCCUUUGCGUGGAGUGGACUUUUACAGAGACACAUGCAAAUCCACACAGAAGACCCCCCUUUCAGCUGCUCAGACUGUGGUAAAGGAUUUUUCUGCAAGUCAAAUAUGAAGAAACACAUGAGGACUCAUACAGGAGAAAAACCAUUUAGCUGUUCAGUCUGUAAGAAAUGUUUCACACAGAAUGGAAGUCUGAAGACCCACAUGAAAAUCCACACAAGAGAGAGAGAAAAACCUUUUGCUUGUUCAGUCUGUGAAAAGUUUUAUUCAAACAAGAGAUAUUUACGCACUCACAUGAGACUUCACACAGGAGAGAAACCUUACAGCUGCUCGGAGUGUGACGAAAGAUUCUCUUACAGGGAAGCCCUAGUUCGUCACAUGAGAACCCACACAGAGGAAACCCCUGCAGCUAAAGGAGAGGACUGUGGUGGACCAGAACCAGCCAGGAACUCUGAUCCAGAUGGACUCGAAGGACCAGAUACUGAGGACAAGACUGGAGACUCGUCCAGGGUUGCCACGGCCAUGGAAAACCUAGUCUGGAUGCCAGCCGAACGUAGCCCCGCCCACAGCAUUUGAGGUCGGGAAGUUCAGGUCUGGACUUGAUCCGUCGGGGAGCAACCAUGCUCUAACCAGAGCUGUUCGGACCAAUCAAAUUGUCGGGGCGGGCUUUAUACGACGAUGGACAGAUGAUCGACAGCAACGUAAUCAACCACGUCACCAAAGAGCGCUUGGGUUGAAUUUGUUUACAACAUGACACGGAAAGUACCGCCUCCGCAUUUGCUCUGUCGAAGCCCGCCUUUGACGUACAGCUUCUGUGACGUCUGUCUCCGUUGUUCUGAUUUGUUUUAGGUCCAUCCAUUGCUCUGAUUGGUUGUAGGUCUAUCCGUUGCUCUGGUUGGUUGUAGGCCUAUAC